AUGUCGAUCUUCCAAAAAACUAUGUCCAUGUCGAUCUUCCACAUGCAGCGCUGGUCACCACGGGUGGUGUGGGUUUCCUUGCUCCUUCUAGCGUUUGCGGCCAUCGUCAUCAUCACAACCACGCUGCACCAUUCGCAUGUUUUCCUGGGCUUGCACAACUUCGACGUCCCAGUACUGGCGGGCUCGUGGUCUUCAUCAUCAGAAACAAGCUGGGCGUCAUCAAAAACUUCUCAAGGGGUAAUACACAAGCACUUUCGCGGGAACACCAAUGACAACUACAUUGGGAGGGUGAAUAGAAACGUUGAUGAACCACGUAAAAACGCCUUAGCAAAAGAACGUAAACGCGACGAGCGGGUGCCUUCCGCGGUCGUUCGUGGACAACAACCUACAACUCCGAGCAAAGGGCCCCAGAUGACCAUGCAGCCCCGACCGUGGUCCCCGCUCCCCGCGCUCUGGGACACGCAAACCCCGAUCGGCCACGACAGGAACGACCGAUGCGACUGGAGGCAAAUCCGGACCCACCUCCCGGCACCGCACACGAACACGUGGCUCUGUCUCCGACCGUACAGUGAUUUGGUCACCAACGCGGUGCGGCGAAACGGGGAGUGGGGUGAUUGUCACCGGUUGCCGCUUUUGCACGACGCGGCGAAAAGGAGUUUUUUCCCACCCAAGCAAAAACAGUCCUCAGUGGCAGUAAAUGGUGCGGCUGUACGGGCACCAGUGCCACCAUUGCAAGCGGGUGCAGGAGCUCCAGAACAGCAGCAGCACCUGCUUCCCUACAUGGAGAUCGGCGUGAACAUCGGUUCGUGCUACGUUCCGAUGACCCAGAAGACGGACAUCGAAUUCGCGCUCGGCUUCGAACCGUCGCCGAAAAACCUUUUUUACACCAGCAGCUCCCUCGUGCGGGUUUUUCAGGACGCAGACAAGGACAACAAAAGGUUUCAGCUGCAACAGAUGAGCGGCAACUUGAACAAACUACCCCUGGGUAGUAGACAACAGCUGCAACUGAAAACCAACAGCACGACUCUCCGCGAGCGCAUUCGCCUCGCGCCGGUCGCGCUCGGCGAGACGAACACGGACCUCACGCUUUUUUCGGAGCCGGGAAACGCGGGGAAUUCGGUGCUCGGGAAGCCGGUGCACGCGAAUUUAGUGGAGGGGAAAGUGCCGGUGGUGCGCCUGGACGAUUAUUUCCGGGCGGGCGGGGACGUUGCUGCUUUGGUGCCUUCGAUUUCUGCGUCGAAAAGUGGUGAGACAAAAGUUCCACCGGCGUCUUUGCUUCCGCGUCAUCAACAGGACCUCCUUGAUGUGUACAACGGCAAGAAGAAGUUUGGCGUUUUGAAAAUGGACGCGCAGGGGUUCGAGACCAAGAUUUUCCGCGGGGCGAAACACCUGCUAAAAAUCCAAGCCUUCAAAUUCAUCCAUUUCGAGCUGGCAACGGAGUGGCUGCGGGGGCAGGGUACCUCGGCCGAGGAGUUUUUGAAAUUGCUGGAAGAUGCCGGGUACCAGAUCUGCGGCUACCGAAAAGUGGCAAAUUUGGUUGAGCGGCUGCGGGGCAGAAACGUUGUUGAAACGCAUCUGGCGUACGCCGGGAGGGACGAUGCCGGCGGAUGCAGAAUUGGGGCGUGAGUCACGUUCUUUCUUGUUGAAAUCUCAUCUUCUAUUGUCUUUUUGAAGAAUGAAGAUGUAGUCCGUUGCUAUUUCUUCGUAGAACUACCAUGAUUAGUUUCUGUCGUGAUAAAUAUCCAUGGUACCAUCUUCACACUACACAGAAAAGUACUUACAUACAUUCACGUAAAGGUUUACGUUGCUUUAGGUUUACAAUUUCAUUUUUCAUCAUAACAUAAGUAAGCUGAGUGGUUUUUCUUUGCUAUAGCAAUGUCACACAGGGCUUCACCUCUCCCAGCCAGUCAUGCGUGAUCGAGGACGAGGACUAUAAAGUGGUACUUGAAAACGAAAAUUACCGCAAAGUUUGUCACUCUUAUUUCCUGCCAUCUCCUCUGCCAGUAACAGUAUCUGCUUACCACAACAGCGGCGUCGAACGCACAAAUAGAUAAAUUUGAAUCGCUGAG